AUGAUGUUCUUGAUGGGUUUGAGCAUCCAGAGCCUAUUGGAUUUGGCGGUGGCAGGGAUUUCUCUGAUGAUCGUUUUGGGAAUUUUCACGUUUAUUACUUCUAUUCUUUGCUCUGCUGCUUUCUUGCAAACCGCAAAGGACUUUUCUGCAACAACAACUGAUGAUUUUCACAUAUUCCGCAAUCUCAGAAACUCCAUCAGUAGAAUCAUGAGCCAAAUUGCUUGUUUGCAAAAAUUCAAAAACUACACAAGGCUGUCUUCUUCAGGAGGAAGACAAGAAACAAUCAAUGAGAGAUACAGCAAUCCAGAAAAAAUCACAGAAUUUCUGUAA